UUUCAUGUAUACUACUCAUGUUUAGAUAUUUUUAAUUGUUAAUUAUUGCUUUCAACUACAAUUGAGUUUUAUUUUACCACAUACUUAAGUUAUGUCUCGUUCUAAAUCUAAUACAACUUUCAUAAUUUGUAAAGCUUAUUCUGAAGAAAAUGAGCCAAUAGACCCAUAUAUAAACAUUUUAAAAAAACAUGGAUAUGAAGCUCAUUUAAUACCCACUUUAGAAUUUGAAUAUCAUAACUUUGAUACGCUUAACCACAAAUUACAAAAGCCUCAAGAUUAUUCUGGUAUGGUAAUAACUAGUCCAAGAUGUGCACGAGGAAUCAUUAAGUGUUUGGCCAAUAAUAAGCUAGAUGAAAAUUGGCAUAAAAAACCUAUAUUUGUUGUUGGAGAAACAACAUCUAGGCUGGUAAACAAAGAACUUGGUUUUGAACCAAUUGGCGCCGAUAGUGGCAAUGCUACGGCUUUGAUACCUAUUAUUUUAAAAUAUGAAUUAAGUAAACCAUUAUUAGCUCCAUGUGGAAAUUUAAAUCUAAAUAUACUAUCGGAUAAUAUAAAAACUGUUAAAUUUGAUAAUAUAGAAGUUUACCGUACUAUACCUCAUAAUAAUUUAAAGACAAAUUUAAGUAUGUUAUUAAGUCAAAUUAAAAGUCAAAUAGGAGUUAUUUUUUUUAGUCCUUCUGGCUUUCGUGCAAUAAUAGAUUUGAUGCCAAAACAAUUAUUUAAUCAAUUACAUAUUUUUGCUAUUGGUCCUACUACAGGUGCUGCUAUUAAGGAAGCUGGUUACACUUUAACUGGGGAAUGUGAAAAACCAAAACCAGAGUCUAUGUUAGAGAUGAUUCGAUCAUUUAUUGAAUAAUGUACUGAUUUACCAAAAUUAAUUUAUAACUAAGAUUUAUAAAACAUAAACAUAUACUAUA